AUUGUGCGCACUGAGAGGGUUUAACUGUGUGCUUCUGAUCGCUUUGCUUUCAUUCUGCGGGUAGGAGUGGAAGCAUCAUCAUGACCCAUAAGGACCAUUAAAGGAGACUGUAAAAGAAAGACAAUGAGUUCAGCAUCAAGGCAAAAGAAGAAAAAGAAAAAUAAAUUCGGUGCUACGUCUCCACCAUUCAUUGAUUACUUGAAAGAAAUUUUGAGAAGGUACCCAGAUGGGGGACAAAUAUUGAAGGAGCUGAUACAGAAUGCAGAUGAUGCAGGAGCUUCAACUGUGGUGUUUAUUCAUGAUGAGAGACAUUAUGAGACUGACAGCCUGUGGACUGAAGAGCUCAGAAAAUAUCAAGGACCUGCUCUCUAUGAGCUGAUACAGAAUGCAGAUGAUGCAGGAGCUUCAACUGUGGUGUUUAUUCAUGAUGAGAGACAUUAUGAGACUGACAGCCUGUGGACUGAAGAGCUCAGAAAAUAUCAAGACUUGCCAUGUGUCGUCAGUUCUGAGCACCUAGCCAUUUUUGACCCACAAAAGAAGAUGUUUGGAGAGGAUGAAGAAGGCUAUCGAUGGUCUUUGAAUGAUGAAGAGGACAGAGAGAGCCUUUUGAAAUUCAGAGAUCAGUUUCAGCCCUUUCAAAAUAUUGUCAGUCAAGUCAACAGUUGUUCCUGGGAGAAGGUCAUCAGUGAGGAGCAAUACUUUAAAGGAACGCUCUUCCGUUUCCCUCUGCGUAAUGAGGCUUCAGAGAUCUCAGAUAACUUAUAUGACUCCAAAAAAGUUAAUCAGCUAUUUGACAGUUUCAUUGCUGAUGCGGACAUCAGUCUUCUUUUCCUGAGAAAUGUGUCAUCCAUUACUUUGCUACAUAUUGACACCAAUGGCCUCUGCAACAAUAGGCUCAAAGUUUCAGUGUCAAAUAACUUUAUCACUGACCUUUCUUAUAUCAAGAAAGAAUUGUUUGACAGAAAAACAUGUUUUAAAACAGUAUCACAGAUUUGCCAGCAAAUGGUAGAAACAAGGUCCCAGUGGCUUGUGACAACUUGCCUUCUGAAACAGGGACAUAUACCAGAGAUUGACUGUCUAGCUAAUAAGCUGAGCUUCUACCCUCAAGUUGAUGCAGCAUUUCGAUUAGAUGAAGACAGAUCACUUUGCAAUGGGCGACUAAGUUGCUUUCUGCCACUUCCAAAUAAUGAACCAAACAAAACUGGGCUUCCCAUUCACAUCAAUGCUUGCUUUGGCCUGACAGACAAUCGGAGGUUCAUCAAGUGGCAAGAGGAGGAUCAGAAGAAUGAUGAGUCUGCGAUGUGGAAUGAGCUGCUCACAAAAGAUAUUCUUCCCCAUGUAUAUCUCAUGAUGAUCCGAGAUGCCAUUCAAUUAUCUGAAAAAUCAGCCCUGCCUUCCCCUACUGUGUACAAUCUUUGGCCCGACCUAUCGAAGACUGUACAUAAAGAGAGGUGGCAUAAAGUUGCAACGAAUACUCUGAAAGGUCUAUUUGAAUACAAGAUCUUUCACCUUGCUGAUAAUGAGCAAAUCUGGGUGUCUCCCUCAGACGCAGUUUUUCCAGUAAACAAUAUACGUAGUGACACAAUGUCUGCAGUGUCAAGAUUAUUGAUUGCUAAAAGAGAGAACCUGGUCACAGUCCCAGAACAUGUUUUGAAAGAUGUUCAAGAAAUCUUCCCUGAAAGUGAUACCUUGACAUGGGUGACUCCAUCUUAUGUUAGAGAUGUCCUUCACAGAAGUGAGGCUGAAAAUCUCAGUAAAGAUGACAAAUACUCUCUUCUUGAAUUUGCUCUCAGUGAUGAAAAGUACACAGAGCUACAAGGACUUAAGCUUCUUCCUCUCAGUGAUGGAACCUUCACUUCAUUUGGCAAUGGAAUGCAGAAGACUGUUUUGAUUGACAAUGAGAAGUUUCCAAGAACAUUGCUGCCAUUUUGUAAAGAGAGGUUUUUACCCAACGAUCUGAGCCAUUUUUGCACUGUGCAAUUAAGGAAACUAGCAACAAGGAGCAUAUACAACAUAAUCAAUUUGGAUGCACAACAUGUUGUUGCACUCACAAAGCAGCACUUACCCAUGGACUGGAAAGUGACCCAAGGUCAUGUGACAUGGAAAACAACAGAAGAUCAUCAUCCACCAAAGAGCUGGCUGGUUGAAUUCUGGAAGUUUCUUGGCGCUGAAUGGAAUGAGUUAAGCAGCUUUAUUAACAUGCCUUUAAUACCACUGGAGCCACUGCAGAGUUCAGGCAAUUCUAUAUUGUUAGCAAGGUUGCAGAGUAACACAACUUUGAUCUUUCAGAGUAGCACAGGGUCCAACUUGUCAAAUAAUGUUCAGAAAGUGUUAAGGAUGGUGGGAUGUACAGUCAUAAAAAGAGAUGAGUGUCUUAGACAUCAUUACAUGGAGAGUUAUGUUCUUCCAGCUUCACCAAGAAAUGUUCUACAAGUCAUUGUGAACUCCAACAGAGAUCAGGUCAUCAAAGGCAUUGCCUCUGCUUCAUCACAUGAAAGAGAGGAGUUGAAAGUGUACCUCUCUUCUUUGGAUUCUCUCUCAGUUGCUGAACAGAACCUACUUUCCAUGUUGCCAAUCUUCAAAAUGAUGUCUGGGAAAUAUGUUGCAGUUAAAUCAAAGCAAGCAGUUGUUUCAACCACCAAUCCAGCCAUUCCAAAUGAUCUGCCAAUGCCUGACACCAUUGUACAGUGUGCAAAUGAAGCUGAUCGCAGACUUUUGACUCUUUUGAAUAUUGAACUCUUGGAUGCAGCUAAAGUGGCUGUUCAUUUGGUUGACUGCAUUAAGACAGGCUCUUUCAAAAACGGUGAGGAACAGACAAUAAUGACCUGGAUUCUGAAUAAUGGUAGCAUUCUACUCUCACAAAGUGAGCAGCUGUUCACAAAAACAAAAAGUCUCAAUUUUAUUGAGACAACUCAGGGAGAACGCAAACAAGCCUCAAAUGUUUUCGAUCCAAGAAACAAGACAUUCCAGGACCUUUUUGAAGGAGAUUUCUUUCCCCCACCCAUUUACACAAAGACCCAGGAAAUGCUUCAGAGUUUGCAACGUCUUGGCUUAAAGACAGACCAAAAAGAACUAUCAACAGCAAACAUACUCCAAGUCAUAAAUCAUAUUGAAAAGCUUUGUUUACACUCACCAGAUAAGGCAUUCAAAAAAGCACAUACUCUUGUUCAUGUACUGAAUGUGAAUGAUUUCCUUUCCAAAUUCACCAAGAUGCAGAUAGGAGAGUUGAUGCAAAGGAAGUGGGUGCCUUGUGAAAAUCCAGAGUUCUUGAAUGGAAGCAUCUGUAGAAAUCUAAAGCGAGGUUUGUAUAAGCCUGCUGAAGUUAGGGAUUCAGUGUAUUCUUCAAUUGUUGGAUAUGUAAUGCCACUUAGCUCUGAGCUAAACAAACAUGUGUGCAACAGUCUUGGACUUUAUGAGCCCCCUCCUGCUGAAAAAGUCUUGGAGAACCUCUCUGCACUGAGAUCAAUGGUAAACCCAAAUUCAGAUUUUCAGUUUAAAACCAAGCUGCACAGUAUCUAUAAAUUCAUGCAGGACAACAUGAUAAAUUUCAGAGAUUUAAUGGACACAGAAUACACCCCCUGGAUCUGGAAUAAAAGUGAGUUUGUCUGUCCAGGAGAUAUAGUUUUAGCCUAUCCACCUGGAUUGGAUCUAAGCCCUUACAUCAAGAAAGUGCCUGAGGAGUUUUUGCGAUAUGAAAACUUGCUAACAAAAUUUGGUGUGAAGAAAACACUGUCUGAUGAGGAGAUUGAAGGCAUACUCCAUGACAUAAAACAUAGAAUUGACCGCAGGUGUCCUCCUCAUGGAGACUUGACAGAACUUGAAGUGGCAAUUGCCAUUCUUGACUGGAUACGAAAGAAUGAGAAGCUUUUAAAGGACAGCACACCUGUACCUGUCAUGGCACAAAACCAAAAAUUUACUCUCCAGUCUUUGUCCAAAACAGUCUUCUGUGACAUAAGUGCUGAAGCACUAGAUGACCUGAAACAAGACAAUGAGGAAUUUUAUGUCAUUCAUGAGGAAGUUAAACUCCUCACUGCAAGAUGGUUGAAAGUCCCAUUCUUAAGUACUCGCAUCUUAAACCCACAGUUAAUACAAGCAGAGCAAGAGUUAUUUGGUAUAGAACAAUGUGGGCAAUCUGAACCAAUUACUCAAAGAAUUAAGAACAUUCUUAAAGAGUAUGAUGAAGAAAGUGACAUUUUCAAAGAACUCCUACAAAAUGCUGAGGAUGCUGGGGCAACCACAUGUAAAUUCCUCCUUGACUUCCGAAAACACAGAGACCCCCCUGAAACCCUCAUUGAUGAUGGAAUGGCCUUCUGCAAUGGACCAUGCCUUUGGAUCUUCAACAAUGAGCUCUUUUCACAAGAAGACUGGAGAAACAUUGUCAAAGUGGGAUCAGCAUCAAAGGAAAACAAAGUUAAGAUGAUUGGAAAGUUUGGGCUUGGAUUUAAUGCUGUUUACCAUGUGAGUGAUAUUCCCUCAAUUUUGAGUGGAAACAGCCUUCUCAUACUUGAUCCAAAUAUCACCCAUUUGGAAAAGCACAUACUCAGCAAAGGAAACCCUGGAAUUAAACUCGACCCAUUCCAGGAACGGCUGUACAAAAGGUUUCCUGGACAGUUUAAAUCUUAUGAAGGCAUUUUUGAUUGUGAUCUGUCAGUGCAAAACAGCAAGAAAUCCUAUAAUGGCACCUUGAUUAAAUUACCAUUUCGCACUCUGGAGGAGGCAAACAAGUCAGAGAUCAGUUCAAAGGUAUAUGAUGAAGAUCGCAUUAGGAGUUUUAAAAAUCAUUUGACUGACAAGUCACAAACUCACCUACUGUUUCUCAAAAGCAUUACAUCUCUGUCCCUUCAAAUUGUCCCUGAAAAUGCAUCGACUCCUCCAAUGAAUGAUCAGAUUCAGACUCCUCUCAAAAUAUCCAGAAAGGUCAUGAAUUCUUUUGCUGUCUCGAAUGAUACAUUUCUCCAAGAGAUCAAGAGCACAUUCAGAAAUACUGAUAUCACAUGCCACAACAUUAUUGAUGUCAACAGAGGACACAUUGUUCAAAUAGUUCAGGAGCAUUCAGAGAGUUCCCUCACCCAGUACUGGCUUUUGUACUCGUGUUUUGGAACACACGAUUCCUUGCAAAUGUUCCAGAAAAGAAAUGAUCAAGAGCAUGUGUUUUCAUUUCCAAUUGGAGGUAUAGCUGUACCUUUGCAUAGAGAGGCAAAAACUAAUACAUGGUCUCCUGACGAAAGCCUCUUUGGCCAGGCUUUUUGUUUUCUUCCUCUCUCAAUUGAGACAGGUCUUCCAGUUCAUGUGAAUGGGACUUUCGCAGUCACAUCAAAUAGGAAAGGCCUAUGGGAAAAAGGAGUGAAGUCUGAGUGGAACAAAGCUUUACUUAAAGAUGCUGUAACCUCUGCUUACAUCACAACACUGCUUGAGCUGAAGAAAAUGGCCCAAAAUGGACACAUCCAGAACUAUUCCUUCUAUGCAUUCUGGCCUAAUGUAGAGAGAGUAAGCAAAGCAUUUUUACCCCUGGUUGAGUCUUUCUAUUCAGCAGUUGCGCAGAAUGGUAAUGGUAAAUCUCUGGAUCUUUUUAGCAAUGGACAUAAUUGGUGUUCUAUGGACAAGGCAAGAUUUCUGAAUCCAAAAAUUCAGAAGAACCAAGCAGUUGGAGACAUUGCCAUGAAAGUGUUCUUGAGCUUGGGAGCUUCAUAUUCCUGUGUUGUUUCUCUCCCAACAUGGGUAAGAGACAGUUUCAGUUAUUGUGGCUUCAAGGAAAUGAUCAAACAGAAAACGAUCAACUGGCCUGAGUUUUAUAGCAUUGUGUUUAAGAACUUGAGUGCUGUGAACACACAUAACAGAAAUGUGCUUGUUCUGAAUGCCAUCGACUUGAAUGAUCCUGCUGUUGAUGACAUACUGAAAAGUUACCCUUGCAUUCCAACACAGAAAUGUCAGAAGCUUCAAUUUAUCAAGCGACUUGUGAAUCCUUCUGGCAAAGUGGCUUGUUUGUAUGAACUUGAGGAAGGACGAUUUCUUGAGGGAACUGCAAAUAACUAUUUCUCACCAAAAAUAAUUCAACGACUUUCCGAUUUGGGAAUGCUGAGUGACCGCCUCCCUUUGGAAGACAUCAUAGAAAGAGCUGGGAAGAUAUCCAGUGUUUGGCAACAGGACCAAUCUAAAUGUCAAAAACGUCUUAAGUGUCUCAUAGAGUCAAUGAAAGACUCCACAGAAGAUGUAAAUUCCCUGCUCUGGCACACACUGUCUCAAAUACCAUUCCUUCCUGCCUUAUCUUCUCUAGUUCAGAAAAACAAGAACAACACCGUUCUUAAAAAACCCUCUGAAGUGUACAGUAAAAGUUGUCGAAAUUUAGUAAGCAUGACAGAAUUCACAGUUGAUCAUUCAAAACUUCAACUACAUAGUUAUGAUUCAGUUCUCCAGAAAUUGAAAGUACGGACAAAUCCACAAGUUGAGACGGUGCUUCAGCAGCUGUUAAAAGCACACCAAUACUGCAAUGGAUUUGAAAAGACUGAUCUCUUCAACAUUGCUCAGUCUUGCUAUGAAUAUCUCAACAAUUACUUGUUGGAACAGAAAGAUCCUAAUCCAAUUAUUGUCCAUGCAAAAUCAUUUCCAUUCAUUUUCAUUGAGGAUCACUUUGUAAAUGUGAAGGCAGUGGCCAGAAGUGAAGAAUUUGAAAAGAAACCAUAUCUCUAUGUACUUCCAGUCAUCUUCUCCAAAUUUGAGAGGCUCUGGGACUGCAUUGGUGUCAAAAAACAAUUCACAAAAGAGCAAUUUGUUACUGCACUUGAGGAAAUUAAGGCUUUAUAUGGAUCUCAGCCUCUUUCCACGUCAGACCUCCAUAACUGUGUUGCAAUACUCGUGAAUGGGCUGUUCAAAAUUAAAGAAGAAAAGCUUACAAACUGUCUCAUACCUGAUGAGAGAAGGGUGCUGACAUCUUCUAAAGAGCUGAGAUUUAAUGACAGCCCAUGGAUGCCUGACUCAGCUGGUGUCAAGCUCUCCCAUGACCUGAUACCUCGUACUGUGGCCUGUCGUUUUGGAGUAAUGACAACAAGACACCAUACUCUGAAGAAUCAUUUGGUCAGUGGGUUUUCAAUCCAUGCCAAGGAGUUUGGACAAACCGAGAAACUAACUGUCAGAAUAAAAAAUAUAAUUGAUGCAUAUCCAUCUAAAAAGGAUAUUCUGAAAGAGCUCAUUCAAAAUGCUGAUGAUGCAGAGGCAACAGAAAUUCACUUUGUGUGGGACAAAAGACAACAUGAAACAAAAAAGAUAUUUGGAAAGAAAUGGGAACUGGCUCAAGGCCCGGCACUUUGUGUGUACAACAACAGAACAUUUUCUGAUGCUGAUCUGCAAGGUAUUCAGCAGCUGGGGGAAGGAGGAAAACAUGGAAGUUUAGGAAGAACUGGGAAAUAUGGACUUGGCUUCAAUUCAGUGUAUCAUUUAACAGACUGUCCAUCUAUCCUGACUGGUGACAAAUGGCUCUGCAUUUCUGAUCCAAAUCUAAAAUACGUGGAAGGUGUAACAAAACAGUCCCCAGGCUGCAUGUUUUCAAUGCAAGACGAAUUUAAAAAGUCUUUUGAGGAUGUUUAUCAUACCUUUCUUCCAAAAAUGUUUGCACUCAAAUCUGGAACCAUGUUCAGGCUCCCUCUCAGAACAGAGAAAAUGGCAGAAAAAUCGGAAAUAUCUAGACAUACAAUCACAGAUCGUGACAUGGAGGAACUUUACUGUGCCUUGACCGAAGAUCCUGAAGGAUUAAUUCUCUUCUUGAAACACAUCAAAAAAAUACAGUUCUCAGAAAUCGGUGAAGAUGGAAAACAACCAAAAUGUUUCCUUAUUGAGAAGAAAUACACAGAGAAUAGCAUGGUAAGCAAGGAAAACUUUCACAGACAUGUUCAAGAUUCCCUCAUGUCAAAAACAGCAGAACCAUCCAAAACCAUCUACAGCAUGCACAUCUCAUCUGGAAUUAAACAAAGUCAGUGGGCCAUUGCAGAGUGCUUUGGCUUUUCAGAACCAAACUAUGAGCAAAAAAACAAGCAGGAUUAUUUCAAAGUUCCUCAAGCUGCUCUGGCUGCAUGUUGGAGCAGCUCAUUUAACCACACAUUUAUCUUAAAUGCAAUGUAA